UGGCAGGUUCUCGCUACACUGCUCGCGAUUCAUUCGCGUUGUGGAAACUGUCUGAGAGCGAGCCAGUGCAGUCGGAACGGAAUGGCUUUCAGCGCAUUGCUAGCACUUGGUUCUUUCAUUGCGGUGCGACGAGAAGUUCUCCAUUGGAGAGACGACGAAUUGCUCGGAGGGUCGGUUCAAAUCAGCUAGACUAGCCUAAAGUGCGUAGAUCUACGCGUUACAAAAUGCCAUGGUUCUUGUCCAGUAGAGACGGCUCCGGGCAGCUGCGAGGCGAUGUUCUGGCGCUGAGUCGGGACGGCAAGGCCACGGAACUGGGACGCUUGCUUCGCAACAAGGAUAAGCAGCCGGCGCUGGACGUGCGUCGCAAUGGCUACACGCCGCUGCACUUGGCAUGUCAACACGGACACGCCGACGUCUGUGAACUGCUUCUCAAGCAUAUGACUGGCAAGUACAUUGAUUUGGUGAACGAAGUGGUGCCGGAAACUCAUCAAACGCCCUUGCACGUAGCCGUGUACAACCGUAACUACGAGUGCAUCAAGAAGCUGUUUCUCAGCAGACCCGGCUCGUGCCUGAAGCUGGGCAUGAAGAACUGCGACGGCAAAACAGCGCUGGAGCAGGCGGCAGCGAUGAAGCUGCCUGACGUGGUCCGUAUCAUACGCUGUGGCGAGAUCUACCAGCUGCGACUGGAUGAAAGGAAGGCACAGAGGGUGACAGGUAUCCUGCAGGAUCUUCACAGGGAGGGUACCAACCGAUCAACGACAAGCGCCGCGUCUCCUGACGUAGCUGAAGAGGUUGCGCAAUUUCUGAUCGGAAAGUCUCUUCAGGAUGCGGCCGCCUCUAACAAUCAUGACAUGGUGAUGAAUCUGCUGCAGUUUGGCCUACGUGAUGAACAUGUUCUGCAUAAUAGCUAUACUCUAGCUAGAGAGCGGGGAUUUGAUGACGUAGCUGCCACCCUGCUGCUAUGCUGCCACAUCAGCAAGCACGACAACAAACGCGUUCACUUUCUACUGGCUCCCAGCGAGGAGGUGGCUCGCACACUGCAGAGUGACAGCGAGCUGGAGAAGGAAAGAGACCUGGUCUACCCGAGACACAAGAGCAAGGCGAUCAAGACAUGGGUGGGGCUAAUGGUUGCUCAGCUGUACGGCUUCAUGGACAUGUGCGGUGUGAUCCUGUCCAACAUGGACUGCAACAAGCAGGCGGGCACGGUGGACUGGCAACAGCUGCAGCUGCGCCUCGUCUGGGACUCGUGGUUGCUGCGCGACGCACUCGUUUGCCAAACGAGCACUGACAGGAGCGAGCACGUUCUGGCUGGUCAGUGGAUCACGAGCCUGAACCUGCGCUGUAACGCACAGGCCAGCGUUCCGAACGCCAUAUUCCACCUGCGAAACCUGCAGGAGUUGGAUCUGAGCGAGAAUCCGCUUGACAACGACAAAGAACGAUCGCCUCGGCUCCAGCUGGCGCGCCUGUGCGCAAUGCCGAAGCUACGCGUGCUCAAGCUGCGACAGAUCAAGCUCAGUGGUUUACCGGAUGACGUCGUCUGGGCACGCUCUCUCACGCACCUGGACAUCUCUGAGAAUCGCCUCAAGGACGUACCGAGCGCUCUGCGCACGGCCACACAGCUGCUUAGUCUGAACAUCGCCAACAACGAGCAGAUUUCCAGUGUGCCGGAGUUCAUCGGCCACUUGCGACGCCUGCAGGAGCUCGACAUCAGCGGCAAUCGCCUCAUCACGGACCUGCCGGUGCAGAUGGGACAUCUCAGCAAGCUGAGAACUCUUGUCACACAUCGCUUGUCGCUGGACACUCCACCUCAGGAAUACCAGCACCCGGCCAGCAAGGCAGUCCAGUACCUGCGCAGCCGGAUUCUCGACACGUCCUCUCAGAGAGUGUUUUCGACGGUCGUCGUUGGCGAGUCCCACGAGCUGCGCUCUCAGCUGGUAUCUCAGCUGCAGAAGACACCGGAGUGCGGAGCGAGACUGCUGGACCUUGGCAACUUGGACACAUUCUGUCUGUUCAUGCAAGUCCUCGACGCCAAGCACUGUAACGUUCUGAUUGUCUGCGAUGUCGACAACGAUGAGCCGAUCUCUAAUGCCGUGACAUGUGUCAAGUUCAUGGACAAACAGAUCAGGAACGCCAUCACAUCGCCGAGGGCUGCUACUGCCGACGCUUCUGCAGCAACUGGCCAGGACCCACCAGGUCUGGGAGAGUUUCAGGUGAUUCUUGCCAUGGUGUCCGCCGACAGUGCAAUGACGUACGAAGAGCUUCACAGCAAAGCAACCCCGCACCUUGCACAUUUUGAAAGCCUGGCCAGCGGCAUUGGAAUCCAGCCCUACUGCCUGCGUGUACUGCUGCACAGUCCCGAGUACGUGCUGCGGCUGGCACGCCAUGCCACUGCAAUGAACGCUGCGUUCCAGAUGCUGCACGGCGUACCGCGCUAUCAGGUGACCUUGCGCAAUCGCCUGCGCGCCAAGAAGCGCGCGGCCGACGUCCUCAUGCAGAAGAAGCUCGAACACAUCAUCGCGCAGCAGGAUUACGAUCAGGAGGCGGUGGGCUCUCUGCUCUCGUUCUUGCAGCAAGAUGGCCACCUGCUGUACCUAUCGUCGUCACUACAUGGUCUGGAUAAGACGCUCUUCUUCAUGCCUGCUCGCCUCUUCCAAACCCUUACGGAUACGUUUGGCCCUUGCUCUCAGUAUCUGCAAAGCAAUCCAACCAAAGGCGCGCCGGGGAUCUAUCCUGAAAUCAUUCUUGAUGCCGCCACCAUGUACGGCCUGGGUGACUUUCGCAGCAAGCUUCGUCAUCGCUACGCAAUGCAGCUCGGUGCCUACUUUGGCCUGGCGUACGGCGCGCCCGGCAAUCGCGUAUUCCUGCCACUAUGGGUACCCAAGGAGCUGCCCAGGACAGUAUGUGUAGCGAUGGCCAGAUCACUGCACCCACCGGCAUGCAUUCACCUGCGUCUGUUCACAGCACCCAGUGGCCGCCAGCCGUGGCCGAUUGGGUUUUUCCAUCUCCUACAGUCCAGUGUCAUUGAUAACCUCUCUGACUUUACGGAGACUGCGACGACAAUCACAGUGAAAGAGGACGGGAAUGAGGUGCCAAGUGUCGCAGCAGCGAGUGGUGGUGAUUUAGGGAUCCAUAGUCGAGUUGGCAAUGAGCAGCAGUUGGCUGGACCUGCGCAAACUAUGGACGGCAACGAAGCCUUCCCCGACACAUACACCACCCUGCAGGACCUCAUGGCCGACGGCAGUGCCAGUUUCGUCGAUAGCAUGGGCGAAGACCUGUCUCAGCAGGUACGGCUCACCGCCUGGCGCCAUGGCAUUGCUGCCUGGCGAGGGCACGCACUGCUCUUCGCCGUCUUCCAGCAGUCGGCAGCGCCGGGCUUGCUACCGUCAGUACAUGGUCUGUCGGCGGACAGCACUCUCUGCAUUGCAGUCACCAAGUGCGGCCGGCAAGGCAUCCGUCGUCUCAGCAUGCUGAUUGAGCAAGUUCAGCUCCUGCUGGACAAGGUGUUUGGACAGAAGUCACUGUUCCCAUUUUCCCAGGCGCCGGAAGAUGACUCUGGUGUGGAGCAGUUUGCACCGUGCCAGGGCUGUCUGGCCGAAGCUUUUCGAAAUACGGAUUCGGAGUCCGCGGCGGCAGUGGCGCAGCCAUGCCAUCUGUACUCGAUUUCGGCUAUUGCCGAGUCUCUACUGGGAUCAGCUGCAUCUGACAUCCACUAUUGCCUACAGCAUGCUACCAAUGAUGCCGCUAUGGAUCAGGCAAUCACCGAUGCUGCACCCGACCUGCUCUUUCUGGAUCUUCCAUCAGAGAUGCUGGCUCCAGUGCAGGACAUCAUUGAGCAGAUCAACCCGGUCACCGGGAGUUGUGUGAUCGCCAGCGGCGGUGGCGGUGACAUUGAACAUGUGUCGUGGCAUGGACGAAUGAUGGUCAACAAGAAAUGCACGCCACGACUAGAGCCUCUAUCGACGUUUGCGGAGCUGCGUCGAGAAAUUGCCAUUCUUCGACCGGCCAGUUUUGCCGAUUCACAACAACAGCAACAGCAGCAACAGCAGCAACAGCAACAGCACGACAGACAGGCCGGCCGUAGUAGCGUAUUCUUCGUUCGCCUUCUGGGCAUCAGCCCGCCGACGGCAAUGCUGCUGGAGAUGGCACCGCUUGGCUCACUAGACUCCCUGAUCAAGCAUCGUCACGGCAACUUGUCGCGGGUCUACAUGGCUACGGUGGCUGCGGAGGUGAUUAGCGGACUGCUGGCCCUGCACAGGCGUGGAAUCGUCAACCGCGACAUCAAAGCCGCCAACGUGCUCGUGUUCCGUGACGAACUGCAAGCUGCCGAUGACGGUAACUGUCGCCAAUGUCAUGUCAAGCUGACCGAUUUCGGCACAGCCGUUGGCAUGCCACAGUCUGGCCUGACUGAAGUGGAGGGUACGGAGGAGUAUCAUGCACCGGAACUACUCCGUGCCAUGGAGCUGACUAAGCAGAAAUCUGGGCCAACGCCGCGCUACGGAUUCCCGGUGGACAUCUUCGCCUACGCUCUCGUCCUCUACGAGCUGAUCGUCGGAAAGUCCGUUCUGCACGGGCGGACGAGGGGCGAGUGGCAAGAGCAUGUCAUGGCUGGGGCAAGACCGGACCUGGACCUGGCUGACUUUGGCUGCCCCCUGCUGAUGCGUGCCGCUCGUGAGAGCUGGAACGAUGACGUGAGCAAACGCCCGCAGGCCGCUUUCCUGCAUCGGCAUCUUGCGCAGCGCGAGUCGCUGUUGCUCGUUGAUCACAUGCCACUGGCGGCGCCUGCGUUUCUCCAGCACGUGUCUGUCGUGCCGCAGCCGGGCGAUGCCUAUCAUCGGUCACACUACUGGCUGACCGUUGAACGAUACGACCGGCUCGCUGAGGAGCAGGAUGAUCGCCGGCAAUGCUGCACAGUGGUACGCAUGGCACCAGUGGAUCGCACGCUGACAACCACUGCGAUGAAGCCCGGUGUCGCUGGGCUACCAACACUUCUACCUGUGCCA